AUGUUCACGUUCAUCACACUCCUCUCAGUCGCAUUGGCGAUUGAAGUCAACUUGAUGAUGCCACUUGACACUGUUAACUCCAAUGGUGUCAACAACCAGGGACAACUUCAAAACGAUCUCAACAAGAUCAAGUCAGCGGGUGUUGCCGGUGUCAUGUCUGAUGUCUGGUGGGGACUUGUAGAGACUUCGCCAAAAACUUACAAUUGGAAUGCCUACAAGACCUUAGUCUCUAUGGUGAAGAACGCUGGUCUUAAGUUCCAAGCAGUGAUGUCGUUCCACAAGUGUGGUGGUAAUGUUGGAGACUCUGUGACUAUUGAGAUUCCACAAUGGGUCAGAAACGCUGGCGCUUCCAAUGACGCCUUCUUCAAAGACGCCGAAAACAACGUCGCUAACGAGUACAUUUCAUUUGCUUAUGAUGACCAGAGCAUCUUCGAAGGAAGAACCCCAAUUGAAAUCUACAAGGACUUCAUGGCGUCUUUCAAACAGAACUUCCAGAGUUACAUCGACGAUGGAACACUCAAUGAGAUCCAAGUUGGUAUGGGACCAUGUGGUGAGACAAGAUACCCAUCAUAUCCACUCUCAAGAUGGAGUUACUGCGGUAUUGGAGAGUUCCAGUGCAGCGACAGCAAGUCACAGGAGAACUUGAAGAACGCAGCAAACAAUGCUGGACACUCCGAGUGGGGACACAACCCAACUAAUGCGGGUCAGUACAACUACAAGCCACCAACAUCAACUGGUUUCUUUGGAAAUGGAAACGACAACUACCAGAGCGAAUACGGAAAGUUCUUCCAACAAUGGUACUUCGACCUCUUGUUGAGCCACACCGACAAAGUGUUGUCUGCAGCAAGAAGUGUCUUUGGCGACAACUUGGCACUUGCUGGGAAAAUCAGUGGAGUUCAUUGGUGGUGGACUGACAACAGCCACGCAGCUGAGAUGACAGCGGGCUAUUACAACUCUAAUGGAAAUGACGCUUACAAAACACUGUCAAAUACCUUCAAGAAGAAUAACAUCAGAUUCGACUUCACUUGCCUCGAGAUGUCGGGCACAGACUCUAAUUGUGGCAGUCAGCCAGCUAAUCUUGUCGACCAAGCUUUGAAUGCUGCUUCUUCAGUUGGAAUUGGGAAGUGUGGAGAGAACGCACUUGAGUUGUGUGGGUAUGGCGGAUGCAACACUAAUGGAUUCAACCAAAUUGUCAAUAAGGCCAAACAGCACAACCUCAAUGCCUUCACUUACCUUAGAAUGACAAGAGGUCUUCUUGAUGAUGGAACUGCCUGGGGACAAUUCUGCAACUUUGUCAAUUCAAUGAGAUAA